CCGGGCGGCUAGGAGUUCCCGGAAGUGCCCGAACAGCCGGUUUCCGGUGCAGGUGGGGAAAAUGGCGGUGGCUGCAGUGUUCUCGACUUCGUCGCGGAUGCUUGCUCUGUCAAGGCACAGCCUAUUGUCUCCUUUGCUCAGUGUGACAUCAUUCAGACGCUUCUACAAAGGUGACAGCCCAACAGAUACCCAAAAGGACAUGAUUGAAAUCCCUUUGCCUCCAUGGCAGGAGAGAACUGAUGAAUCCAUAGAAACCAAAAGAGCCCGCCUGCUCUAUGAGAGCAGAAAGAGGGGAAUGUUGGAAAACUGCAUUCUUCUUAGCCUUUUUGCUAAAGAACAUCUGCAGCGCAUGACAGAGAAGCAGCUGAACCUCUAUGACCGCCUGAUUAACGAGCCUAGUAAUGACUGGGAUAUUUACUACUGGGCCACAGGGAGAAGGUUUUAUACAAGAAAAAUGGCACAUUCUGAAGUGGAGCUCAACAGGCCCCCCGGGGCCCUGCCCCACAGCAUCAUGAUGGGGAAACUCCCUCUGGGGGUCGUCUCCCCUUAUGUGAAAAUGAGUUCGGGGGGCUACACGGACCCCCUGAAAUUCUACGCCACCAGCUACUGCACAGCCUACGGUCGGGAGGAUUUCAAGCCCCGUGUGGGUAGUCAUGUAGGCACCGGCUACAAAUCAAAUUUCCAGCCCGUGGUCUCAUGCCAAGACAGUCUGGAGGCCUUAGACAACCCGGCCAGGGGGGAACAAGCCUGGGACCAUUUCCAGUCUGUGGCCAGCCAGAGUUACCGCCCCCUGGAGGUGCCUGACGGCAAGCAUCCCCUGCCCUGGAGCAUGCACCAGACCAGCUCAGGCUACGGGCGGGAGAAGGCCAGUGCGGGUCCCCCCACCAAGGAGGUCCAGAAGGUCCAUUUCGACACCCAGGAGCACGGACCUCAGGCCAUCACGGGGCUGGAGCCCAGGGAAGUCCCCCUGCUCCACCAGCAGCAGGGCCAGGACCCGCUGGAGCGGGAGAACUUCCGAUAUGGCCCACGCUUCAUGACUUCGGAGUACAGUUCCAAGUAUCUCAGGGACCCUCUAGACCAGCCAGAUUUCUUGCAGAAGAAAUCGAUCGGCGCCAAGGAGGGGAGCGGCUUCACCAAACAGUCCCACCCGAGCCCCAUUGUCUUCCAACCACCCUCACAGGCCCUCCCUGGGGACCUUGCCCUCCUCCCAGGCCAGAGUGUCACCAAGUCAGACUUCCUCCCCAAGACUCACCUCCAUGGAGAUGAGUUCCUACCUGUGUUGGCCAGAGGCUCCAAGCAGGAAACAGCCUUCAGCCGAGGGAAUGAAAGGAUUCUGAACCCCAGAGUGCCCCCUCCCUACCCAGAACCCAGCAGCGUGAGCCACCAGCAGUUUCAGCCACUUCAUCAGAUGCAACAGACAAAUGUUGCCCUACUUGGCCGGGAGACUGUGGGGAAAAUGGAGCCCACAGGGUUCACCCUUAACAACCCCAUGUAUGUCCGGAGCCCCUGUGAUCCUGACAGGGAUCAGCGAUACCUGACCACCUACAACCAAGGGUACUUCAAGAACCUCCCCAAGGGUCUAGACUGGGAAGGCUGGACUCGAGGCGGCAUCCAGCCCCAAAUGCUGGGAGCCUACGCCCUCAGCCAGCCGGUCAGCUGCAUGGAGGCCAACCCCAACCCCACAGAGAGCCUGCGGCACCUGCACCCCCACGUGGGAAGAACCCUGACCUCAGCCGACCCCUUCUACCAGAACGCACCUCACAGCAGCCGCUGCGUGGCACACAGCUGAGCCCUGAGCCCUUGGUUUGUCAACCUUAGGGGACAGGAGCCAGGCUACUCUCUGUACCCCCACUCCAUCCCCCAGGGGAACACCCCCGCCCAGCUACUUUCCUAAUGAAAUAAAGAGCAUUGAAGCAGA